UAAUACAAGAAAAAAUUUUAAAAAUGUUCCAAGAACUUUUAAAAAUGAUUUUGGAAUAUUUUUUUCAGAUCAUCCUGCUGUUGCAUGUCAUACUUUUACCGACAUAUAUAUAUCUCACAUGGAACUUUAAUUAUUGGCAAAAGAGGGGACUACGCAGUGCGUUGCCAUUAACAAUUUUAGGUUCCUUUCCAAGUAUUCUGACAAGAAGCAGAAAUCUACUCUAUGAAAUCGAUGUGAUAUACAGACGCUACAAACAUCGCUGUCGCAUGGUAGGUAUCUAUUUUCUACGCCAGCCGCAAAUUAUGGUUGUCGAUUUGCGACUCGCUCAAGAGAUACUAGACUCGAAUUUUAGCGCUUUUGAGAUGACAGCGGCGUGUAGUUGGAUGCAUCUACGUAAUCCAAAUAAAUUAGACAAAUUAGCCUUAUGCAGUGCGCUGUGGACUACAGGUGAGAUUUGGAAAUGCAAUCGUGCUGUUGUAAGCGGCGCUUUGGCGCAAACGCGGCUAAAACACUCAUAUGACUUGUGCCAAGCCAGUUGUAGACAUCUAAAGGACUUUUUGCUACAAAAAUGUAUUGGCGCCAAGCCCCAAGUGGUGGAGACUGUGGAUCUGGUCAAGCGCUUUGCCGCUGCUGCAUUAUGCAUAUCAAUUUGGGGAGUUAACGCUGGCACUUUGACAAAUACGAAGAAGAAGCAGAAUGAGUUUUUACUAAUGACAGAACGUGCCACCAAGCAGAUGAGUAGUUUGCGCAACUAUUCGCUCCUCUCAGCUGUAAUGCCAUUCUUUUGGGAGCUCUGGCCAUUCCGUUUGAUCUCGAGGGCGGUGGAUAACUAUUUUGUGCAAUUCACCAACGAUGCAUUAGAGUGUCACAGAGAACUGCGCAAUCCCAGUGGCCUGCUUGAUGUACUUAGCCUUUUGUAUGAACGGCGACACACGGGGCAUAUGAGUGAUGAAGCGUUGACGGGUUACUGCAUGACAAUGCUGUUGGAUGGUUUUGAGGAUAUUUGCAGUGCAUUGACGUAUACACUGUACUAUCUCGCAAGAGACACACGUGUUCAGGCUAAAUUACGCAACGAGUUAUUGCAAACUCUGAGGCAUGAGGUUUGUGCGGAAUUUAGUUUUGAAACUCUCAGCUCACUGUGCUAUCUGGAUCACUGCAUUUUUGAAACUCUGCGUUUAAGUCCCACCGUAAAAUAUUGUCGCCGCAUUUGCAGCCGCGCUAACGUAGUGCAAUUCUCCAAAAGCAAGUCGGUGCAAGUGGAUGAGGGCACUCUAGUCUGUGUACCGGUUUACUCAUUUCACCACGAUCCACUUAUCUUCUGCGAACCAAACUCGUACAUACCCGAGCGUUAUGAGAAUGUUGCGCCGAAGGAGUUAAUGGAGCGUCGCGCUUUCUUACCAUUUGGCGCUGGGCCGAGAAGUUGUUUGGGUAAGGAUAUAGCCAUGUUGAUAAUGAAAUCGGCUAUUGUCGCAAUAAUUACACAGUUUAGCAUUAAAACCUGCGCUGAGUCUCAACAUAGUAACAACAGUGGCGUUGACUCAUUUUUGUUGAAUUUGAACGAGAAGCUUAAGUUGGAAUUUAAAAAAAUAUAA